CAGCAAUAACAGCUACCUGGAUGAUCCAAUACUGUCUGCUGAUAAUCCAUAACAUUUAUAUGAGUGACUUGAGAUUAUCUGAACAGUUACAAGAAUCUAUCUCAAGGUAGGAAUGGUAAUAUAAGCAUUUUUGGUUAAUAAAGUUCAGCUAGGAAUAAGAAAAAACGAUCUGAUCUUCAAUUAUUGAGCAUUUCAUUAGAUGUUGGGAGCACAUGGCUGACUGACAGAUGGAACAGAAAUCAAAGAGUAAGAUAACAACUUUGAAUUUAUACUCCAGAUCCAGCAUUAAGCCAAUAAAUAUUGAAUGAAAUCUAAGGUUGAAAAUGGACUAGACAUAGAAGAUAAAGCAUAUCUGUGGAGUAGUACUAUAAGACGGAAAACGAAUUCUAUAAAAUUGUAUGUCAUAAGGAACUUUAAAAUAGAGACAUUAGAAGAAUCAUGGAUAUCACACAGAACAACUUAGUAGUCUUGCUGAUUAUUCUUGCUCAAACAUUAAUGACAUUGGGUGAAAGACAAACCACAAGUCGAUGCUUCAGCGACCCAAACAAAGUCCUCAAAGUUAAAUGUCCCGACCACCACAUGCUACUGAUCUUUGAGACCAAAUAUGGUAGGAACAAUGAUACAGACGUAUGUCACUUCAUGCCUGGAGAUUGCGUUGAGAGGGAGCGCAAGCAUUACGAUGUGGGACGUCAAGAAUUGAGCAUUAAUCUACCAUCAGGAUCAAUAGGAAGGGUGAUCCCUAACUGUGGAUACAGCACAUACUUUCAGAUUGACUACGAGUGCGUACCAACCGAGGACACUGUUAAUGUCUGUGACAACAAAGUAAUGACAUCGCAACAAGGUUACAUCACAACUCCCAACUAUCCUUUCAACUAUGGGAACAAUCUCCACUGUACUACAACAAUCAGAGUCCAGCCGGGGCAGAAAAUCAAGCUCUACAUCCUGGACAUUAACAUCGAGGAGCCACCUAAAGACUCCAGCUGUAAUGACUACCUUUAUAUGAAUGAUAAGGUGUUUGGCAGCAGUACAGUAUGCAGGACCAUGCAGGACCACAUAGAAUUGUUUCACACAUACCACUACAACUCCCUGGAAGUGACCUUUGUUAGUGAUGCACAGGUUAACAGAAAAGGAUUCUGGCUCUAUUAUGAAGCUGAUCCUGAAAUGUCAACAACAACAAAUAAAUUGAUUACCAAACAACCAACAAACCCAACCAUGACACCUUCAAGCACAACCAACACAUUACAGAGCACAACCAGCACACAACGAAGAAACCCAAAAAUCAUGAUAACAACAUUGAAGCCACAGAGGCCGACAUAUGAGACGUUAUCAGAAUCAAUCCCUACACAGCUGGUGCCAACUGAGCCUAUGCCCACUGAGAAAAAACAGGAUCUUCCAUUUGGUGCCAUAAUAGGAGGAGUUCUAGGCAGUCUGUUGUUUGUCUUGGUUGUCCUGUUAUCCCUUCUCAUAUACAGAAGAUUACGAGAGAAAAAGCUUAGAGAACAGCGCCAUUAUGAUAUGCACGUGUCGUCAAGUAUUGCACAGAUCCAGAACAGCCUCAAUGACGACUGCUCUGGUGGAGAAUGUAACAGCUUCUCAGAGGGUUACUAUUGCUAACUUUGGUCACCAUAGUAACAAAUGUCAUAGUUACAUAAGCAAAAUACAGUCAAAUACAUGGUAACUAUAAUGGUUAUGACAACUAACAUCAUUGUUUCAUCACCUGCUGCCAUAGUUACAUUUACAGUUACUAUGGAAACCACAGUGAAGAAUGAGAGUUUA